CGGGCACGCGCUUGCCGUGACGUUGUAAGUUUAGGGGCUGGGUGAGGAGAAGAUGGCGGCGGUGAUGAGCGCGAGUAGCGGCAGCAGUGACACUUCGAGCACCGGGGAGGAGGAGAGGAUGAAACGCCUUUUCCAGACCUGUGAUGGAGAUGGCGAUGGCUACAUCAGCAGGAAUGAUUUGCUUAUGGUGUGUCGACAACUAAACAUGGAAGAGUCAGUUGCAGAGAUUAUGCAUCAAUUGGGAGCAGAUGAGAAUGGCAAGAUUUCCUUUGAGGAUUUUGCACGUUGUCGUAUGCAGUUGGUGUCUGAAAUAAGAAAAGAAGAAGGAGAACUUUCAGUUAAGUCAGAUGAAUGUUGCAAAAAAAGAAAAUUACGUGAUCGAAUCGCUUCAUGGCCAACCAGCAGUGAUAACAGUCUUGGUGCAAUGUCAGGAGCCAGAGAAAGCUGGGAGUACGAUUCUGGAGCUCGGGAUCUUCAGAGCCCAGAACUAAGUACUCAUCCAACCGUUCAGAAACUAUUAGAAUAUGGUGGCGUUAACCUGGAUCAGCAAGUUGUUUUACAAAAACUCUUAGCACAGGCUUCAAGCUUGAGCCAGCCAAUGAGUGGUGGUUACUUGGAGUUAGCCAACACAUUACACUUGGCAGCUCUGGCAUCAUUAAAGACAGAUAUAGUUGAUCUGAAUAAAAGACUUCAGCACACAGAGCGGGAGAGAGACUUGUUAGAAAAGAAGCUGGCUAAAUCUCAGUGUGAGCAAUCUCAUAUGAUGAGAGAACACGAAGAUACCCAGGAAAGGACAACACUACGCUAUGAAGAACGCAUUACUGAACUCCAUAGUAUAAUUGCAGAGCUAAAUAAGAAGAUUGACAGGCUGCAGGGAACAACAAUAAGAGAAGAAGAUGAAUGUUCAGAUUUGCGAUCAGAUCUUAGCCAUAGCCAACACGAGGCAAACGAAGAUUCCAGAAGUAUGGAUCAGGAUCAGACUUCUGUUUCGGGGCCUGAGAACCAGUCGAUGAUGGUCUCUGCAGAUAUAGAUACCUGUAGUGACCUCAAUUCAGAGCUCCAGAGGGUGCUGACUGGGCUGGAAAAUGUAGUUUGUGGAAGGAAGAAGAGCAGCUGCAGUCUUUCAGUAGCAGAAGUAGACAGACAUAUAGAGCAACUCACUACUGCCAGUGAGCAUUGUGACCUAGCUAUAAAGACUGUAGAAGAAAUUGAAGGAGUACUUGGACGUGAUUUCUACCCAACUCUUGCUGAAGAGAGAUCUCGAUGGGAAAAGGAAUUAGCAACUCUUCGGGAAGAAAAUGAAAGCCUCACUGCUAUGCUGUGUGGCAAGGAGGAAGAUCUGAAUAGAACAAGGGCCACCAUGAAUGCUAUUCGUGAGGAAAGAGAUCGGUUGCGUCGGAGGGUUAGAGAGCUCCAGACACGUUUACAAAGCUUGCAAGCAUCUGGCCCAGCUAGUCCAAGUCGGCUGGCUGCAACCAGUCGACCGGUCAACCCCAGUACUGGUGAACUCAGCACCAGUAGUAGCAGUAAUGACAUCCCCAUUGCGAAGGUUGCUGAACGAGUAAAGUUGUCUAAGACUAGGUCUGAAUCUUCAUCUUCAGAUCGACCAGUUCUGGGAUCAGAGAUCAGUAGUAUUGGAGUGUCCAGUAGUGUAGCAGAGCAUCUAGCCCAUUCUUUGCAAGACUGCUCCAAUAUUCAAGAAAUAUUUCAAACACUCUAUUCUCAUGGAUCGGCUAUUUCUGAAAGCAAAAUCCGUGAAUUUGAGGUGGAAACAGAAAGGCUGAACAGUCGUAUUGAACAUUUAAAAUCACAAAAUGACCUUUUAACCAUUACUUUGGAAGAAUGCAAGAGCAAUGCUGAAAGAAUGAGUAUGCUGGUUGGUAAAUAUGAAUCCAAUAGUACAGCAUUAAGACUUGCACUGCAAUACAGUGAACAGUGCAUAGAAGCAUAUGAAUUAUUAUUGGCACUAGCAGAGAGUGAACAAGGACUCAUUUUGGGCCAAUUCAAGGCUGCAGGUGUUGGAUCAGUUGGUGAUCAAAAAGGGGAAGAAAACAAAACAAUGAUGUUAAAGAGAGCACAUGACUGCAGGAAAACAGCAGAAAAUGCUGCAAAAGCUCUACUUAUGAAACUUGAUGGUAGCUGCGGUGGAGCAUGCACUGUUACAGGAUGUAACAUACAGCCCUGGGAAAGUCUGUCGUCUCACAGUCACACCAGUACUACUAGUUCAACUGCUAGUAGCUGUGAUACAGAAUUUACAAAAGAAGAUGAACAGAGGUUGAAGGAUUAUGUUCAACAGUUAAAGAAUGACAAAGCAGCAGUCAAGCUAACUAUGUUAGAGUUAGAAAGUGUUCAUAUUGAUCCACUUAGUUACGAUGUGAAAACACGGGGAGAUGGCCAACGACUUGAUUUAGAGAAUGCAGUUCUAAUGCAAGAACUUAUGGCCAUGAAGGAGGAAAUGGCAGAACUCAAAGCCCAACUUUAUUUAAUGGAGAAGGAGAAGAAAGCGCUUGAACUGAAGCUCAGCACACGGGAAGCCCAGGAACAAGCGUACUUGGUGCAUAUUGAGCACCUGAAGUCAGAGGUUGAAGAGCAAAAGGAACAACGGAUGCGAUCUGUCAGCUCAACCAGCAGUGGAGGAAAAGACAAACAAGAUUGUAGUGAUGAAGUAACACAUGCUUUAUCACUAGCUGAAAUCAGAACAUACAAUGACAGUGAGCUUGCAGUUGAGCUAACAAAUGGAUUGAGACGAGAGAAAAAACUGAAAUCUCGUGUGCAGGAACUGGUAACUGCUUUAGAAAGAAUGACAAAAAGCAGUGAAGUGCGACAUCAACAGUCUGCAGAAUUCGUUAAUGAUCUCAAACGAGCUAACAGUAACUUAGUGGCAGCAUAUGAGAAAGCAAAGAAGAAACAUCAAAACAAACUGAAGAAACUGGAAGCACAAAUGAUGGCCAUGGUGGAGAGACAUGAGACACAAGUGAGAAUGCUAAAGCAAAGAAUUGCUCUGCUUGAAGAAGAAAACUCUAGACCACAAACAAAUGAGACAUCACUUUAAAAAAAACUGUACAGAUAGCGGGAUGUUGUAAGUGAUCCACUGCAUUAAUUCAGAAGACACCUGAAGAUAAGAGAAGUAGUAUUUGGCACCUUUUUCACAUCUGUAUUCACCCAGCUGUCACAUGUGAAGCACCAGCAUAAUAUUUAUGGAGAAACUGAAUUUUCCAAAAAAUGUCACACAUGGCAUCAGACACCAAUAAAUCACUUCCUAGAUGUGCCUGUAGAACACUUUUGCAUCUUAGUAGAAACACGCAUAUUUUAAUGUAUGAAUAUGACAAAUGGGUGUCCAGAAUUUUCUUUGAAAGCUGCUUAUUUUAUCAGCAGCUUGUACCAAUUAGGCAAAGAACUGUAUCUCGAGAGUUUGAGCAUUUAGUGGUUGCUGCUGAUGAUUUUUCAGUUCUCGGUGUUGCAUUUAAUUUUUUGAAAAUUAUCUGCUGUUUAAGAAAAAAGCCAUCCUCAUUAUACAAUAUGGUUUAUAUUUUAAAUGCAAAAUUGACAUAUUUUAAAUAAUUCUUGUGAAGACUAUUACCUAACUGUUUAGUUUAAUAUUGAUACUAAACAACAUAUUUGAUAAAUUAACUGAAACAAUUGUUCUAAUCCUUAUGAGACAAAUUUAUUUAGUUCUUUGAAGGUUUGAAUAGAUUUUAAUGCACCACACUACAGUGCAAUAUUUAAUUAGGCAAAUAUCAAUAGAUACUUACAGAAUGAACUAUAGCAAUAUCAUCCCUAAUCUUUACUUCAGUGACACAAUUGAAUUUGUUACAAUCAAUUGUUUAUAUUCAAAUUUAUUCAAGCAAUUCUUUUGUUACAAUUAAUUUUGCCUUGGGCACAGAUGACUUGAGGUUCGGAUAUUUGAAUAUUGAAUCAAAAUAACUCAAAACUUUGACAAAAAUGGCCAGAAUUGGCCAAAUUGGCGUGAUUAAUACACAUGCAAAAUUAAUGUAAAUGAGGUUUCAAUUUGAUAACUUUUUGUAAGAUGAGUAUAUUUAACUAUGCAGAUGAAAAAAGCAGUGGGCUUUUUUCUUUUAGGGUACCACUUACAUAACUACAAGACCCUUCUUUCCAGCUUUAUAAAAGGUAAUUUCUAGACUUCAAGUAGCUUUUUUUUCUCUAUCCCAUUGGAUUAGUUGUGUCAAUGUUUUCUUAAACAUUAAUCCAUUACCUUUGAUCACCUGAUUAAGAAAUCUUUCUUGCCAAGUAAGAAGAUAUGAUUUGGUUCAUCUGCAGGAGGCUUCUCCUCUUUAUGGAAUUUCAAGCUGGCAGGAUAUUUUUUUAGGUAGAAAACAAGCGAUUUAAUUAUCCAAUCCAAAAGAACUCUAGACUUCCUGAUUGUUGCACUGGUCCAGAAGAAGAUCAGUGUUUCUUUUAACUAAUAUUAGGUGCUGUGACCUAAACAGGCUGCAUUUGAAUUACUUUUGAACAAAAUUGCUUAUCUUUUAGAACUAUGUUCCAAGAUAUUAAAGCUGUUUCACUACAUGCCAUUAUUACUAAUGUAAGGACCAGUUCACUCCGAGGUAAAGUUCCUUCACUGAGUAAUUGACUUGCAUUUAUUUUAUUAUUUUUGACCUCUCAAUAUGUGUUAUAGAUGGUGUACUUUUGCAGUCUCUGGUAUUAUCCAAUUAGGGCAUAACCCUAGUUUGAAGAUGGUGUCUUUUGGUAUCAAACAUCCAAGGUGAGAAAGGACUUGCAUGACUUUGAUAACUUUGAUAUUUGAGCUUCUUUACUUUGGGAUAGCAAUUUUUAGCAUCUCAGUCUUCAAAUCAUACUCAGUCAAAUAUUACAUCAUUUUUAAUAUCAAUUUGGACAAGUUAGGAAAUGAAUUGUCACAGUAUAGUGCAGAGGUCUGUUUAAAAAUAUAUACAUACUACAAGUUUGUGUAUGCAUCUCUCCACCACAAUACAGUCUAGUGUGCUUACCUUGUUUUGAGGUGCAGAUGAGAAAAGGUUAUCUUCAAUAAUAAGAUAUAAAAUAUAAUUUUAAAUCAUAUUUAAGCAAUAAUUAUUUUAAAAGUAUACUUUACAUGUAAUUCUCUUUUUGCAAGUAAUAUGUGAUUCCUUUUCAAUGAGUUAUUUGUCUUAAGAAUAAACAUAUAUAUUCAGAAAUUUAAAGCAAAUUUAGUAUCACUGCAAGAUGAAUGGGAAUUUUAGAAAUAAAGAUUGUUGAAUGGUCCAGGUUGUAAACAUGGGGUCAAAAGUUAUUUGUUUUAGUUGUUUUCCUUAUUGACCAAUCUAAAUGAUCAGUGUUAUAUGAAAUACACUAUUUGAAAAAUCACCCCAAGGUGAGUGCAUGCGCCGAUUUUUUUUGUUUUCACUUGUGUAAUAAUUAUCCAGAAUGAUUUCAUGUGUUUGAAAAUUGUUUUUUUUAGAAAAUAUUUUAAUUAUUUGUAUAUUACAGCAAAAUAAACCAGUUAUUUAUACUAAAAAUAGAAUGUGAGUUAACAUUACAAGAAAUUAUUUAUUCUGAGCAAAAUUCAUAAUUCAGAUUUAACUUUUCAGUUACAUGUAGAAAGCAAUUACUGCUCUCCAGUAAUAUCAGAUACCAUAAAAUGAGGCAGUUCAAAGUGAAUUCCAUCUUUGAUUUUAUCAAUUGAAUGUGUGCUACUGCCUUUUAUCAGGUUUCACUGCAGUGACAUUGCAUAACUAACCAUCCAUUCCUAGUCUACUCCUCAUCAAAUCUGAAACUAAAUGGUAAGAGGAUUGAGAUGUGCUAGUAAAUUAAUACAUUCCAUUCCAGGUUUUAUUUAUUACGCAUUUUGUUAUUAUGCCAGUUCAGUAGGUUGGCACUUUGUUUAGAGCUGGACAUGGGGCAGAAUAAAAGGAAUGCCAUAAGUCAGGAUGUCAAAUAUGUAUAACAAUUUGAAUGACUUAUUAAUUUAAUUGUUUUGUAACAAAAUUAUUUUAAUUGCAUUUACAUGUAAAAUGUCUAAAUGCUGGCAUGUACAACAUAUUAGUUUGUUUUGAUUUUGUUUGAAUUAACUUCUGAGAACUUGAGCACCUCUAGUCUUUGAAGGUGUGAUGGUUGAUAACUCCUGUUGUAUGUUUAUAAUUUUUAGUUUUCCUAGUUCCUGUAAAAUGUAAAACAAUUUGUUUUAUAUAGAAUUGUACAAACUCUGCAUUUAUUUAUAUGAAGAGACAUUUAUAAUACUUGUUAUUUUGCAAAAAAACUUGUAUCUAGAAUAAAUACUUUUA